GAGAGAGAGAGAAGCUUUAGCCAAACAAAAUUCUGCCGCUUCCGCUCAAACGAAAUGGCGAUGAUAACGCUGCCAGUAGCUGCCCACGCUCCGUCGCCAUGGCUUCCGCCCUCCAUCCUCCGCCUCCGCUCCACCUCCACCACCACCACCAUCCCCGCCGCCGCCGCAAGAUCCUCCGCUCCCCACCCUCUCCCGGACGAGCUCCACCUCGUCGCCGACAUCCGCUCGCCGCACAACCACAUCCGCGUCGCCGACGUCUCCCGCACCGCCUCCGGAGCCGGCCACCCCCUCGCCGGCGCGCGCCUCCUCCUCCUCGACGCGCCGGGCAACAUCCACUCCCUCUCCUUCCCUCGCUCCCCCUGCCCCCUCACCUCCACCUACCUCGACGUCUUCGCCACGCUCCCGCCACUCCUCCCCGCCUCCGCCUCGUCCCUCGCCGUCCUCGGCUUCGGCGCGGGCUCCGCCGCGCGCGCCGUCCUCCACUUCUUCCCGGACAUCUCCGUCCACGGCUGGGAGAUCGACCCCGCCGUGGUCUCCGCCUCCCGCGACUUCUUCGGCCUCGCGGAGCUCGAGGCGGAGCACGCCGCCCGCCUCUCCAUCCAUGUCGGGGACGCGCUCGAGGCCUCGGCCGACGCCGUGGCCGUGCCCGGCGGCUUCGGCGGCGUGCUGGUGGACCUGUUCGCCGGCGGGAGCGUGCUCCCGGAGCUCCAGGAGAUGGACACGUGGAGGCGGAUAGGCCGGCGGAUGGUGGCGCCCGGAGGGAGGGUCAUGGUGAACUGCGGCGGGCCGUGCGUGGAGGCGGAGGAGGAGGGGAGGGGCGGCGAGGCCGUCAAGGACGCAACCCUGCGCGCGCUCACGGCGGCGUUCGGGCACGGGAUGGUGUCGGUGAUGGAUAUGGACGAGAGCUGGGUGGCCAUGACUGGACCGGCGGUGUCGUCGGCGCCGGAGGAGGCGGCGGCGUGGAAGGCUAAGCUGCCGCCGGAGCUACGGCGAUAUGUUGAUAUGUGGAGGCCGUGCUUGCUGUGAAUUCUGAAUUGAAUUCUCUGAAUACCGUGUGAUUUCGAUGAAAUUGUCCGGAAAACAACUGAAAAGCUAAUGUUAGCAAAGCGACCCAGUGAAAUCGGUGGUUCUGUAUGGGUCACAGCUCAGGUGAUGAAUUGAUCUAUGUGCAAGCGCAAGACAUAGAGGCAUGCUUAUCAGCAGGAAGUUGAAUUCAGAUGGCGUGAACUUGAAAUGAAGGCAACACAAAUUUUUAAGAUCCAUGUCUUAGAUGAUUUUGAUGUGGAGGCAUCAACUAAAAAGGCUUUAAAAGUCUUUGUUUUUCGUACUGUGGAUAGAUCAACAGGUGAUAACUUGGAUGUCCUUCGUGGUACUCUUCAAAACAAUAUUAGAGGUAAAAGAACCCUGCUUAUCCUUGAUUGACAUCGGGGAUGAUGUUGAGGGAAGAUUGGCAACGGUAGAAUAUGUUCUGGACUCCAUUCACAGAAAUUAUCUUUAAAUUACAGAACGGCAAAGCCAUUGCCGCCAGGUGUGUGUAAGCUACAAGAUCACACUGGCAAAGAUGAGUUGUUGCUGCUGCUUACAUCUUUCUAUCGUGAUGUGCUGCCCACACACCUAUAAGGGCAUGUUUGCAACACAAGGAAACAAACAACAGAAAAGAAAACGCUAGGAAUAUAGAAACACACCAAUGUAAGCGUAAGACACAGAACUAAAAAAAGAACACAGCAAUUAUUAAUAGGUAGAAAUCAUUUAAACCACUAUGCCUUGUUUGUUUAGACGUGAUAGACUGGGAUUUGGGCCCGAUCCACAGGGAACAUCCCCUGUUUUCUCUCAGCCUGUGGACACGUUUGGAUGAGUCAGGGGUGGAGAAAAUCCUGGCCCAAUCCAUGCACAUCCCCGUGGGAGAGAAAAAUCUCCAACUAAGCGUGUUUGUUUAGUGUGCAUGCUAAGAAUGACUAAUUUUUCUGAGGAAAGAACUUUUUUUUUCAAAAGGUGCUAUCUUAAUUAGUCUUGACAACUAAUUGCACUACCACAUUACUACAUAUUUAUAUAUGUUCGCUGCUUUAUGAACUGUCCAGCCGCAAUUAUUUGCUUUAGCACUUGUUUGAUUCCUUUUUUUUGUAUGUCCAUUGUCCACUACUAUAAGGCUACGGAAAUAGUUUAGAAAAUAGGUUCAGCCUUUUAUUUGUCAAUGAACCAACUUUUUGAAUUUUGUAGAACACUAUAAAUUGGGAGCCUUUUUUAUUUCAGUGAGUACUAUUUGUAAUUUAUGGCUUGCUUAUAUGUUGACUAUUAAUGCAUCUUUAUUUUGGAAAUGAGUAGUUGCAGCAUUGUGUUUAUGAAAAAUUAGAUGUUUGUUCUGUUUUUACAAUUAGCCGUUGGAAUAUUCUGGUGGAAACUUUCAGUGAUAGGUUGUCCUUGGCUUCUGAUGAUCAUAUGCUAGUUAGCUGCUAGCUUCCUUUUCUAGCUAUCUUGGUGCAUUCUGUAGAAGAACAUUGCAUAAUUGCAUCUUGUUCCAGUGUCUGGAUAGUAGGGUUAAUCUUGCUUCCCAUGCUGUGUCAAUUUGUGGGUCUUUGUGUGCAUGUGCUCUGUGACCUUGAUCAGGGCCAAGCUGCAGUUCUGAACCUACAGUUUUAAAUGUUCAGUAGAUUAGUUAUCUUUUGAUUCUAGUUCAUUUUGCUUCUUGUUUAGUUUACAUAUAUUAGCAAGCACCGUUAUCUAAUGUCUAAGACUUGUUUCUUUUGGCUUCGUAGUUAUAGGGUGUGCAUCAUGCUAGAAUUGUUUGGAAGAUAGAAUUGUGAGAGACUGCUUGAAUUGUAAAUGAGAUGCAUAAAGGACAUUUUUUCUAACUGCUCCUUAAUUGAUGUAGCUAUGAUGGUUCCAUGAACCAAUUUUGUCUAUAGAAUUAUUACCUUUGAGUUUUAUCUGGGAUUUGUACAUGAUGGCUAAAUUUAGAAUGCCAAAGAAAUUUGUUUUUGCUUUGUACAAUGGCAAUCGGGACUUUGGAGAGUCUUAUUUUCUUAUCAGAUAAGAUAUAUUAAGUUGUAGGGACUUGCUUAGAAUCGAGUGAAGUUCUAUUCUUUCAGUUAGCUCAAAGAGCUACUAGUAUUUCUGAUUUGAACAAAGCUGCUUUCAUCGAAUUCUAGUUGAAGCAUUGCAAUUAA